CCUCGAUUCACGGUAUAAUUUGCCUACCGUCCAUAUUGGAAACGAAAAGUCAACAUCAGACUAUGUCAGAUGCUUUGAUUGGGGAACAGAGACAACAUGGAUACCACUUUCUUAAAUAACUGUAAGGGGGCACUGUACCCUGUGAAUCUUGAUGGCACCUGGUCAGACAUUUCCAGUGGUGAUAGAUGGGUCACACCCCUUCUUGACCUGUGCUCAGAAUGCAUCGUCAAAGAUAGCACAAUGACGAAGAACACUUUAGACGUUGUGCCCAAUGAUCUCUUUGUCAACUUGAUGAGGGCUGCACUCCUAAAGGAGAAGGACCGAGCUAUCAGUGUUAUUCUUUCCCAUUGGCCCUGGCAGUCCCUUGUCUUGAGCAAGUUUGUAUCUGAUGAAAAAGACCCAGUGACAAUUCUCUACAAUAGGAAUGUGCUGGCUUGGAAGACAAGGAGAGCGAUGAAAUACACAACUUGCUUGGUUACAAACUUUGUGGACUGUUUAAAGAAACGAGCACCGACAAGAUUGAAGUAUUUGGAUCUAACAGGAUUUCCAGCUGCUGAAGUUGUUACCCAUUACCUGUGCACCCACUGCCUCUUGAUUUCUAAUGAGAGUCGUCAGCGGGAGAUCAUCCACUUGUACAAUGAGACAGCUAGUCAGAUACCACACCUUGCCACCAAUAAAUACGACUUUCGACAAACAUUUCCAGAUGAAUCGUUUAUGAUAAAGCUUGAUGUUUAUGUCAAGACAGAGGAGAUUAUGAAAGAACUAGUGAAGGCAUUACAACUAUCGAAGCUUGCAGAGACUAACCUCAAAGUUCUUGUGGACAAGGUUGACAUCUCUUGCCUUGGGGAGACCAGUGUUAUGAUGCUUAUGGAUCAACUCAAUGAAGAGGUUGCUACUGGUCUUCGCCUACAAUUCACGUCGCUCACCGGUGAUAGCCUCAUUCGAAUGCAGCCAUCCUUCUGUCGACUCACGAAUCUCGUCAGCUUGGAUCUUUCUUGUAACAGUAUUGUCCUUCCUCAUAACCCUAAAGCUGUGGAGAGUUUGUGUGCCAUAUUCAAGGAGUUACCGAAUCUACAAAGAUUAGACUUGAGUAAUAACUGGGUCCGAGAGAAUGUACGGCAAAUUCUCUCGGCUGUGCAAAGCCCGUUGUUGUACCUUAACCUGAGUGGAUGCUGCUUGAAGGAAGUGGACCUUGUUUACCUGGCGAGCUCACAUCACAUCACAACUAUUGAAGAAUUGGACAUCGGUGAAAACAACUUGAGCACAUGUUGCACUAGUCUUACCAAGGUUCUCAAAGCUUGUCAAAAUCAGGUUCGAAUUGUUGAAAUGGAAGGUUGUAAGUUGAAUGAUGCCAACUUAGCCACCUUGUCCCCAGUAUUACAGACGUUCUCGAGGCUCCUGUACAUCAACCUGACUGAUAAUAGGUUUACUGCUGCUAAUGUGAUGAGCUGUGUCAAGUACUUUGCUGCCCUCACAUCCCUGUGUGCUCUGAAAAUGACUUUCCCAGUCGACUUUGAGGAUUUCAAUGUUUAUGAAGAGGAGCUGAUGGAGGCUAAUGUGUGGCAUAAGACAGCAUUUUGUUUGAAGUUUGAACAGAUUCUUCGCUCCAAAGGUUCACUGGCUCGACUUGCAUUUACUGACUAUGAAUAAGGGGAGUCUUCUUAAGAACGUCAUGCUUGGACGAUUUGUGUGGUUUAAAUCAUACAUCCUCUACAGACUCUGACAAAACAAAUCAUCUUUGGACAACACAUUAAAUGGGUACAAAGCAUGCUUGUCCCUGAUGUUGUGCCACUGAAUAGUCCAAGCUGGGUAAUAGCUGUAUUCUGUCAUUGACCAAUCAAAGUCCUAUUAACGUAUGCAAAUUGCUUGGAACAAAUAAAUGAUUUCAUUGCUUGUAA